AUGAUAAAGACAAAUAAUGAAUUGAAAAAGUGGUAGAAUCAAGAUAAUCAAUAAGGGAGGUCUUAAAUAUUUCGUAUUUCUAAAAUGAAACCAUAAUGCUUUGAUAUAUCACCUUGUCGCAAAAUAAUUUGUGUUGGAUAUACAAAUAAGUGUUUAAUUUUUUGGGACUUUAUAAGUGGUUAAAAAUUAAGAUGUCAUCAACUCUCAUUUAUUCCAAUGCAAAUAUUAUACUCUGGAGAUGGUAAAUACUAGUUAAUUAGAUCAAAAUAAAAUCAAAAGAAAAUUUAUAUUUUUAAAUUAUCUAGUAUGGAAUAUGAAGAAAUAGUUUCAUCAACAUAUUUAUAUUAAAAAAUACUUUAAUUUAAUAUAUCUAAAAGUUAAGAAGCUUUAAUGAUGGGAUUAUCUCAUAUCAGCGUAAUAAACUAUAAAAAUAAAUGGAUACAAAAAUAGGUUGAUUUUUAAUUUGUUUCUCUUACUACUCUAAAAAAUAAAGAUUAAAUAUGUAGUGUAGAUUGUCAUUAUAAUCUAGCUGAAAUAAAUAUCUUAUUACUUAAAAGAAAUCUAAAAGUAUUAAAAAGAACUUAUUUUAAUGUAUAAAAUGGGAACAUAAAUAUAAAAACAAGCAAUAAUAAUACAUUUAUUGUGUCUAGUAAUAAAUCAAAAAAUAGAAUUUGGAAUAUUUAGACAAUGAAAUUAUUGAGAAAAAAAUGUUAUGGAGAAGAUUAAAUAGGUGAAUUAAUUAUCAAUUCACUAUCAAAUUUAGUUUAUUUCCAUCUAAGUUCUUAUGGAAUUGUAGUAUGGAAUAUUAGUACUGGUAGACAUAGAGUAGUAGUAGAAGAUUAAAAAAAUAGAUUGUCUUGUCUUCAAGUAAUUUCAAACUGUUAAUUAAUAUAUAAAAGUAGUUGGCAUAUACAUUCAACAAUUUGUUUUUGA